GAGGACAGAAGAAGACCGAGGAGGACAAAAGAAAACCGAGGAGGACCGAAGAAGACCGAGGAGGACCGAAGAAGACCGAGGAGGACAGAAGAAGGCCGAGGAGGACCGAAGAAGACCGAGGAGGACCAAGGAGCGAUGGCCCAGGCCAACAUCUCGGUGACGGAGAGUCAGUUCCGGUGUCCCAUCUGCCUGGACAUGCUGAAGGACCCGGUGUCCAUCCCGUGCGGACACACCUACUGCAUGCGGUGCAUCAACGACUACUGGGACCAGGCCGAGCCGGGCCACCUGAGCUGCCCGCAGUGCCGGGAGUCGUUCAGCCCUCGGCCGGUGCUGCGGAGGAACACCGUGCUGGCCGAGGUGGUCGACAAGCUCAAGCUGAGCGAAGCCUUCGCGGCGGCGGCGCCGGCCCAGCUCUACCGGGGCGGAGGCGGGCAGGUGCCGUGCGACUUCUGCCCGCCGGAGAGCAGGCUGGCGGCGGCCAAGUCGUGCCUGGUCUGCCUGGCCUCCUUCUGCCACACGCACAUGUCCCCGCACCGGGAGGUGGACACGCUCAGGCGGCACAAGCUGGUGCAAGCCGUGCCCUGCCCCGCCCGCCGGCUGUGCGCGCAGCACCGCCUGGGACUGGAGCCUCCCGCCGGGGGAGGCGCGGCGGAGGACGCCCCGGCGGAGUGGACCGGGGACUGUCUGCUGUGCGAGUCCGACUGGGAGGAGGUGCAUCCCGGGGAGGCUCAGAGGGCCAGGAGACAGGUUCAGCUCCAAGAGUCUCAGAGGACGAUCCAGGGCAAAAUCCGAAGCUGCGAGCGCGAACUGGAGGAGUCUCAGCAGAGUCUGGAGUCGCUGAAGGCGUCCGCUUCGGCCGUCCUGGAGGACAGCGAGGCCCUCUUUGCUGAUAUGGUGCUCCGCCUGGAGAAGACCAAGACCGAGGUCCGCGCCAGGCUGGAAGCCCGGGAGCGAGCGGCGGUGUGGCGGGCCGAGCUGGACAUGGAGAUGCUGCGGAAGGAUCUGGAAGUGCUGAGGAGGAGGGACGAGGAGAUCAGCCGGCUCACCCAAACGGAGGACAACGGACACUUCCUGCAGGCGGCGCCGCUGCUGUGCCUUCCUGUGCCUGCCAGCCGCCUUUCCAGGACCCUGGCCCCGCCCACAGAGGCCUUCAGUGGCGCCAGGAGGGCGCUGUGUCACCUCCGCAGUCGUGUGGAGGAGGUGUGCCGCGAGGAGGUGGACAUGAUCAGCCGAGCAGAUGGACGACUCAGUGCAGAGAACUUCAAGCCUCAUCAGUCUCCACGUUCAGCAGGUCAAGAUGCUACACAAGUGUUGUGUGCAUCGUUCCCGCUGUCCUUGUUGUCUCUGCAGCCGGCCGAUCAGAGGAUGAGGGCGGCCUUCCUCAGGUUUUCCUGUCAUCUGUCCCUGGAUCCGGAGACGGCCCACCCCACCCUGGUUCUCCUGGAGGGUCGCCAGGGGGCGCACUGCGGCGAGGAGCCCCAGUCCUACCCCGCCCACCCCCAGCGCUUCGACUCGGUGGCUCAGGUGCUGUGCCGGGAGGGCCAGUUCGGCGGCGCCAGCUACUGGGAGGUGGAGUGGCGCGGCGGCGGCUGGAUCGACAUCGGCGCCACCUACCGCGGAAUCGGCCGCAAGGGCGGCGGCAAGCCCUGCCUGCUGGGCCGCAACGAGAACUCGUGGCGGCUGAGGUGCACGCCCGCGGGCUACGCCGCCUGGCACGACAACCGCAAGACCACCGUGGCGGCGCCACCCUGCCCCCGCAUCGGCGUCUUCCUGGAGCGCCACAAGGGGGCGCUGUCCUUCUACAGCGUGUCCGACUCCAUGAUGCUCCUACACACCUUCCGAUGUCCCUUCUCUCAGCCGCUCUAUGCGGCCUUCCGGCUGGACCUGGACUCCACCCUGCUCAUCUGCCCCCAGGAGUCAGGGGCCGGGAGCCAGACGUAGCCCCGCCCCCUGCUCCUACUUCUACGAAGGGCUUCUGCUUCCCGUCCUCAAACAUGAAUGCCUUUCAAAACCUUUUAACGUUUGCAGGAAAUGUACUUUUCAUCUUCCGGACUAC